GGCGGGUCGGCGCUCGGCACUCGGGAGAUGCAACGGCCGUCAGUCGGCCGCGAACCCCCGCAGGGCUACCAUCGCACCACACUAUCGUGAAGUCGGGCACGCAACCAGCAACUUUAUCGUAAUUUUCUUCUUUCAGUAAAAUAUUUUUAAACGAUAAAUAAUAAUACAAGUGUAUGCGGAAAUGUGAAAGUAAACAUUUGAACUUCAGUGGAUUUCCAAAGCUUCCUUAAAAAUGAACUUACUAGUGUACAAAGAUGUAAGUGAUAAGACGCUACAGUGAAAUGUUGGGUUUUGAGAUCAAACAGUAGUGAAGUGGACUUGAUAAGGCAGCAGGAUGACUAUGAAAUCGCUGAAGUACAGCGAGCGGGAGGAGAUGAUGGAGGGGUUCAGUCCAGUGCCUCCUCCCCUCCCCCGCAGACAGCCAGUGAGGAACAUCUACGCGGAACCCUUCGUAGACCCUAGGUACACGUCAUCGGGCGUGACUAACGAAUGGCUCGCCCUACAGACCCUAAAUUCUGAGUCAUUGGGUGGCGCGCCGAUGUCGAGCGGGAUGGGUGGGGGCACGCUUGGCAGCGGGCACUGCCAGCUCGCCAACCAGCCGCUGGUGAUGCCGGUGUUCCCGCUGCGAGCCAGCCAGCCCAGCCCCGUCCCCGUGUACUCGCCGUCGCGGUUCCACAUAGACAAGCGGUGCCAGCACCGGUGCACGUGGAAGUGCCUCGCCAUCGCCAUGAUAUGCCUCUGUGUCAUCUUAGCGGCGAUGCUCGCCUACUUUAUAGCGUUAUCGUCAAUUAAAACUAAUAUAGACAAUUCAAAUUGCAUCCUGGUACAAGAUGUAAAAGCAGUAACACAUGCGCAAGGAAAUAGAGAUGCUUUAUCAACGUCAUCACCUUCAGACGAAUCAAUAUCAACUUCGUCAUUAGGCGGGUGGUCAACUACAGCAGAAGCGGCAUUAGAAUCAGUAGUAAUACCUCAGCAAGCUCAACAAGCCGCGCCGCCUCCUUGGUCACCCGCGUUAGAAGUUAGAGAAUUUGACGAGUUACACAGUGCAACUAUACCUGCUUACCAAUUUUGGAGUUCUGAAUUCCGCAACAAGCAGCCCGCCUACGUUAGCCUUAACUUCACGGUUCCCUGGGGAGCUAAUUUCGCCGUAUAUGGUAGACGAAAUGUGGCUCCCAGCGUAACACAAUACGACUUUGUAGAAUUCAUACGAGGCGGCAGGGUCGACCACAGACUAAGGCGUAGAAGAAGUCCGUACAGGGAUAAUCCAUUUCAAAGUAGUCUAAACGAUUGGGAUGCGUUACUAAGUACAAUUAACCCUCUGCAUAGAUGGAACCACACGAUAAGCAAAAGGUCAACGGAUAUGAGAGUGAACGUUAGCAUAUUGCAGUACCUCGACACAGGAAGAUGGUUUAUAUCAGUAUACAAUGACGAACUGCAGCCACACAAUGUUGAAAUGAUCGUUUCUGAGGCGGAAGGCGUCACUAACUCUUGUCCAGAUGAUUGUUCGGGUCACGGAUCAUGCUACCUCGGGAAAUGCGAAUGCAUGGACGGUUACGAAGGACACGACUGUUCCAAAAGUGUAUGCCCAGUUCUUUGUUCGGGGCACGGCGCGUAUGCAGGUGGUGUAUGUCACUGUUCGGAAGGGUGGAAGGGCUUGGAAUGUGACGUCCCAGCACACGACUGUGAACCGGCUGACUGUUCCGGGAGAGGUCAAUGUAUCGCCGGCCAUUGCCAUUGUAAAGCUGGAUGGAAAGGACAAAAAUGCGAUGAAGAGGACUGCCUUGAUCCCACCUGUGGCGGCCACGGUUCGUGCGUGCGUGGUAGAUGCGUGUGUCGCGCGGGAUGGCGAGGUGCCUCCUGCAGUGAACGCGACGCAAGGGUUCAACGAUGCCUUCCCGCAUGUUCCCAACGAGGCGUAUACGACCUAGACGCUGGGAGGUGUGUUUGUGACCCACUCUAUACCGGAGAUGAUUGCUCGCAAGUGGUGUGUUCAUUGGACUGUGGGCCACAUGGCGUAUGCGCUGAGGGGGUGUGCCGAUGCGAUGACGGUUGGACAGGAUCCAUGUGCGACCAGCGACCUUGUGACACGCGCUGUCACGACCACGGACAAUGCAAAAACGGCACGUGCGUGUGCACUCAAGGAUGGAACGGCCGACAUUGUACUUUGCCUGGUUGUCCAAAUGGCUGUACUCGUCACGGACAAUGUCUGCUGGAAGAUGGAGUGUACCGGUGUUCCUGCGCGGACGGCUGGGCUGGCACCGACUGUUCGAUCGCACUUGAGCUCUCCUGCAACGACAACGAAGAUAACGAUGAAGAUGGCAUGACGGACUGCUCGGACUCGGAAUGCUGCAGUCGACCCGAGUGCGCCGAGCACAUCAUGUGCCUAGCUUCCAACGAUCCCGUAGAAGUGCUCCUCAGAAAACAGCCACCUUCUGUCACCGCAUCCUUCUACCAGCGCGUCAAAUUCCUCAUCGAAGAGAACUCUGUCCAGAGCUACGCACACAUGGACGAAUAUUCUGAAAGCCGCGUGUCCGUGAUGCGGGGGCAAGUGGUCUCACCUCAAGGCCUUGGCAUCAUCGGCAUCAGGGUCUCGGUAGACCGCGAGGCUCGCUUCGGAUUCACGCUCACCAGACAGGGUGGAUGGUUUGAUGUGCUCGUGAAUGGAGGAGGCGCCGUGACUCUGCAGUUCCAGCGAUCGCCGUUCAAGCCUCUCAGGAAGACUGUCUUCGUGCCAUGGAACCAGAUUGUUGUAUUACCGCCAGUGCAAAUGGAACUUAGUGACGACAAUGUUAAAGUACCGACGCCCAGGGCUCCACCACGUAUAGGCUGGUCACCAACACCGCAAUGGUGGGAAUCAGAAACACCGCCAUGUGCGGCCCAUGACCAUGAGCGAUUGAGACCCGAAGUCGUGGCAGUACCACCGCUGGCAGCACCCGCUGCUUCUUCUGCUACCACUACAACAGUUAUAUAUCCUGAGGCUCAGAUUGUCAGCGAAUCUAUCGGCAUCCCCGGAUCAUUGGUAAAACUGACAUACCGGUCCUCUCAAUCAGCUGGUUACCUUUCUUGCGUUCACGUACAACUCACUCGUCGAGUGGUCCCAGCGUCACUCGUCCGAGUACAUGUUCGCGUUGAGAUUGAAGGCUCGUUGCACACCCAUACUUAUGAAGCUGAUCCCGACUUGACUCACAUCUUCGCGUGGAACAAACGGAACGUUUACAAACAAAAGGUAUACGGACAAGCUCAAGCUAAAAUCUCGAUAGGAUAUGAAUACACGUCCUGUGCUUCAAUUGUAUGGGAAACACAGACAGCAACCCUUGCCGGAUUUGACGUUGACAUCUCAGAUAUCGGAGGAUGGGGACUGGACAUACACCACCAUUACAAUUUCCAUGAAGGCAUAUUACAGAAGGGCGAUGGGGCACUACUUCAUUUGAAACAAUACCCCAGAACUGUCCAGGUGGUUAUGGGUACUGGUCUUCAGCGUUCUCUAGAAUGUCCUGACCAUUGCAAUGGCAAAGCUGCUGAUGCUCGUCUCUUAACUCCAACGGCACUAACAUCAGGUCCAGACGGAUCAUUGUAUGUUGGUGAUUUCAAUCUCGUCAGACGUAUUACUCCUGAAGGUGUUGUUACCACUGUUCUCCAAUUACAAACUACGCAAGUUGCAUAUCAAUACUAUAUCUGCAUAUCACCAGCGGAUGGAUAUCUUUACAUAUCAGAUUCUGAGAGACACCAAGUCCGAAGAGUGAUAGCUUUAGAAAAAGUCAGAGAUCCUGCCACGAAUUCUGAGGCUGUUGUUGGUAACGGUGAUCGUUGUGUACCCGGAGACGAUUCUAAUUGCGGAGAUGAGGGCCCAGCUAUCAAAGCCAAACUGGCGCAUCCUAAAGGUCUUGCAAUAGCUGCGGAUAGAACAAUGUAUAUUGCGGACGGUACCAACAUACGCGCAGUUGAUCCAAACGGCAUCAUACAUACCCUCGUAGGACAUCACGGUCACCACAACCAUUGGUCACCAGUUCCCUGCCGAGGAGCAAUCCCACCUUACGAAGCUCAACUACAAUGGCCAACAGGAGUAGCCUUAUCUCCUCUCGACGGAUCUCUUUAUUUCAUAGACGACAGGAUUAUCCUCAAACUUACCGUGGACAUGAAAAUCAAAGUGGUAGCAGGCCAACCAUCACACUGUCGCAUAGGAAACGAUGGAAAACCUGUAGCGAAACCAACAAAUCGCACUAACACAGAUAUCCGAGAAGAUUCCAGCCUCGGCACAAUUUUAGCUAUAGCGUUUGCACCAAGCGGCAUUUUAUAUGUCGCUGAAGCAGAUUCUAAGAAAACGAAUGCUAUAAAGUCUAUCGAUCCGUCUGGUAAAAUUAUGCACUUCGCUGGCAAAGUGCAGGAGAAUUUGAAAGAGUUAAGCUGUGAAUGUAAUUCAUCUGCCUCUGCUACAGUUCUACCAACGAAUUCUAGAGAUGAUGCUGGAUGCCCAUGUAGACUGAGUGUAGCUGCGGGUGACGAACCACCUACAAGCACUGAAACUUUGCUAUCGUCUAACGCAAAAUUCCAGACGAUUUCUGCUCUUGCAGUUACCCCAGAUGGAGUUCUUAAUGUCGUUGAUCAAGGCUCUCUCCACAUAUUGGCUCUUAAACACUAUUUGCCAACACAUGACGAAAAUGGAGAAUUCAGAAUACCUUAUCCACCCACAUCAGAAAUCUAUGUAUUCAACCGUUACGGUCAACACAUCACCACUAAAGACUUGACAUCAGGGAAAACACGUUAUUCGUUCUUGUAUUCAAAGAACACAAGUUUCGGAAAACUCUCCACAGUCACUGAUGCUUCUGGGAAUAAAAUACAACUACUCAGAGAUUACAGCAAUAUCGUAAGCUCCAUCGAAAAUACUCAGGACCAUAAGCUCGAGCUAAAGAUUUCUGGAAUUGGUUAUCUAACUAGAAUAGCUGAAAAGGGUUCAACUGAAAUGGAAUUUGAUUACGAUGCCAGUACUGGACUACUCAACAGCAGAUCAGGAGCUGGAGAUACUGUGAUUUACAAUUACGAUGAACUAGGAAGAGUUACGAAAAUCAUAAUGCCCUCGGGUGAGCAAGUGCACAUAACAUCUGGAUUAGCGAAGAAUUACGGAUUAGCUGUCACAGUAUCAAAUCCAUCAAGUACGAUACCCGUGGGAGUUGCCAAGAAAUGUGAAUAUGUGCUACAUGGACAGUCAUUUAAACAAAUUACUAUAAAUAAUGGCAAACAAAUAACAGAAGGUCGUAUUUAUACUAACAACACUUUACUUCUCGAAACACCAUGGGCAGGAAAGUUCGAAAGCAUCGCAGCAGCUAAGCACCCAUUACUAGAAGCUGCUUUGCCCAUAGAAGCUGAAAUGCUCCACAUGUGGUCACAUCAAACAACCACUUUCGGAGAUGCUCUAGUUAACAACAUGUACUCCUUAUACACUUUAGUCGGGGAUGUCCGAAACCCUCAACAAACUCUGAAUCGAGAAAUAUGGGUUAACGACUCCAGAGUGUUAAUCAUUGAAUUCGAUCAAUUCAAGAGUCGUGAAACUUUCUUCAACGCAGACAGAAAUCCACUAUUUACCAUUUCUUACGACAUUGCUGGCCUACCUCUUUCAGUUAACCCACAUGGUGCAGGAGCUCCUCUGAAUAUUUCAUAUGAUAGAUUCUAUAGAAUUAAUGGCUGGAAAUGGGGUGACAGUGAAGAGAGCUAUAGCUAUGACCCACAUGGAAUGCUAUCAGAAAUAACUAGUCCACAAGAUGGUACAAAGUUCAUUUAUUAUAAUGAAGGCAACCUUGUUUCCAAGAUAUCCUUGGCCAGUCAAAGAAGUUUCAAAUACAAGUACGAUGAUGAUGGUGGUUUAACGCAUGUUAUAUUGCCUUCUGGGUCAAAUCAUUCGUUUAGCGUGCAACCAUCAAUCGGAUUUUUGAGAGUCACCUACACUCCACCGGGUUCUUCAAAGAAAUACUUGCAACAUUACGCACACACAGGAGAACUUCUACAGACUGUAUUCCCGGGCGAUGGUGCCAGAGUCGUUUAUCGUUAUUUUACCACGAAUAAAGUUUCUGAAGUAAUUCAUGGUGAUGGUCAAACACAGAUACACUAUGCGGAAACUAGUGGACUACCUUCAGAAAUAUUACACGUUGACCGAGAUGUUGACUAUCGAUGGGAAUCAACUUAUGUUGGUGGACUACUGACUGAAGAAAGGCUUGAUUAUGGUGCCAAAACAGGACUGAGCAAUGCUAAAAUAAUUUAUGAAUAUGAUAACAAUUACAGAAUAACUUCCGUCCAAGGUAGGAUUGGUGGUCAAACUCUGAUUCCGCAUCAUAUUGUUUACAAUAGCAAAACGGGUGCCCCUGAAAUACUAGGUCAAUUUACUGUAUCAAAACAAAAAUGGAACGAAACUUCUGUAUAUGAUGGAAUUGCAAUGUUCUCUCGUUUACUGAACGAUCAGUUCUUAGAGAAAGAAGUAACCGUGAACAUCCACAGAAUGGAAGUAUUCCGAAUGGAGUUCUCGUAUGAUCGACAUGGCAGGAUAUCUCAGACACGCACACACACAAGGAAUGUAGGUGUCAAUACCUAUACAAACGUGAAAAAUUACACUUGGGACUGUGACGGUCAGCUCACAGGAGUAGAAGCACAAGAACCUUGGGGUUUCAGAUACGACGAUAAUGGAAAUAUGCUAUCACUGACCUACAGAGGCAACACAAUUCCAAUGGAGUACAAUGAUAUGGAUCGUAUAGUGAAGUUUGGUGAAGGCCAGUACAGAUACGAUAGCAGAGGAUUGGUGUCCCAAAAUGCACGAGAAGAAAGGUUCCAAUACAAUUCCAAAGGACUGCUGAUUAGAGCAACAAAACGAGGAAGAUUUGAUGUUCGAUACUUCUAUGAUCAUCUUGAUAGGCUUUCCACCAGAAAAGAUAAUUUUGGAAAUGUAACCCAGUUCUUCUAUACGAACAAAGACAGGCCUCAUGAAGUUAGUCAUAUUUAUUCGCCACGUGAGAAUAGAUUCAUGACCCUAGUCUACGAUGACAGAGGGCACCUGAUCUAUACACAGGUUGCCCGACAUAAAUAUUACAUCGCUACAGACCAAUGUGGAACGCCAGUAAUGAUUUUCAAUCAAUAUGGAGAAGGAAUCAGAGAAAUCAUGAGAUCUCCUUACGGCCACAUAGUAUACGACUCUAACCCAUACUUAUACCUUCCGGUGGACUUCUGCGGAGGACUGUUAGAUCAAGUCACAUCACUGGUCCACAUGGCAAAUGGCAAAGUGUACGAUCCCCUGAUUGGACAAUGGAUGUCACCGUUAUGGGAGAAUCUCAUUGAAAGAAUACACAACCCGACUCAGUUACACCUUUACAGAUUUAAUGGUAACGAUCCAAUCAACGUGAGGCCACAGAAUAAAAAACCAACAGAUCACCUAUCAUGGUUGAAAUUGCUAGGCUAUGAUACGAAGAGCCUGGCACCCCAGCUCUACCCCGACGAACUGCCUGGUGGUUCCGUGUUGCCGAGUGUUCCUCGUGGUCGCCCAGUGUGGGGUACAGCGCCAGCGGACACGAGCCCUGGCCUUCCUUCAGCCAUGUCUCUGCUACCGACAGUCACUAUUGAAUCAGGAUUCCUAUCUCAUAUGUCAAACAAGAGGAUAGCAGACUUCAGAAGCCUAUCGAUACCGGCUAUGUCGGCACUAAAGACUGACGCCUUGAACCUGGCACCUAAACGUAUCGGCUCCGACUCCGAGCCGCCAUUCGGACGUGGAAUUCUGGUGUCGCGUAAUUCUCGAGGACGCGCCGUUGUCACCACAGUGCCAUCAGCAAAUGCUAUCUACCGAGACGUUUAUACCUCAGUCUUUAACCGAUCUCACCUUCUGCCUUUCUCAUUUGUUGUUCAUGGCGAUCAACAAGACGUUUUCUACUUCGUCAAAGAAGAUACCUGGCGUGCCGCAGACGAUAAACAACAACUUAAACGUAUGCAAGGAAAAUUGAAUGUGACCUUCCAUGAGGUUGCAGAAGGAGGACGCUCUUACGCGGAUGUGAAAAUACAUGGUAAAACAAGCAUAGUGAAUCUUCGGUACGGCACGAGCGCGGAGCGGGAGCGGCAAAGACUCCUGCAUCACGCGCGCACUGCUGCCGUACGUAAGGCGUGGCACCGCGAGCGCGAGGCGCUGCGCAGCGGACUCGGAGGCUCGCUCGACUGGUCCGCAGCCGAAUUAGAUGAAAUCCAGAAGGCUGGAUCAGCAGCAGGCUACGAAGGCGAGUACGUGCACGACGUGGCACGGUACCCAGAACUAGCCGAAGACCCGUACAACAUUCGUUUCGUGAAGAAGCGGUCGGACCGCGCCGAGCGCCGGCGGCGGAAGCGCGAGGACUGCCGAGGGGCCUGGUGGCUCGCCUGGGACGAACUCUGCUAGUGACGUGCCGCCAUCCAUAUGCCAAAUGGUGUGAAUGUGAAAUAGGUGUGUGCAAACGGUGAAGAAUGAUCGUGUGAGUGAUUGUGGAAAUAUAUUUUGUAAAUAGUCUCUAUUAAUUGUUAAUUGUUGAUGUAUGUAUGUACGGUAGAUGCGAAUCCCUAUCGCUGUGUAAAUAAUAAAAUUUAAUUUGCAGGGAGAGAAUGGACCUUUUGAGAGGACUGAUAUUAAAAUAAAUGUAAUGUAUGUAUAAAUAAGAUUUAUGUGAAUAUGAAAUUAUUUAUACUUAUUUAUCGGUAAAAAAGCUUCAUUGUGUCCAAUGUUCUUAUAAAUUUAGAUGAAGACUAUUUGAAAGAAUAAAAAGGCAUACUUUUUUAACCAAACCAAA